GUAUGGUUAAACGAAGGCUCGUGUUACGGCUGAGACAUGACUCCGACACACUGCCAGCAAUUAUCGUAUUAAAUUCAUACGCGGGUAUGAAAUGGGAGAGACGACCCUAUGAAUGUCGGUGCCAACUCUUCCCCUCAACGCCACGUGAAUAAAUUACUUACUACUUAUCAAGGAUCGUGGCCAUUCAACUGUUUGCUUUGUUGAAUGAAUAGAGUAGAGAUUUACGUAUCGGCCCGUCAAUCAGACAUUGACGGUGGUCUUGAGAGUGUUUGCUCGACGUAUCGACUCUCAUACUCUCCCCUUCCGUUGUGAGCGUGUUGAGACGACGGUUGCCGGGAGCGACUUCACUGUCUCGAGCUGGACGACGAGGGCUACUGUUUCAACCAACUCAGGGGUUCCAACCCAGCUACAUCAACAGGAUACUUGUAACACAUUCUCUCGGCCUCUCGUCGGGGAUUUUAAGAUCUGGCAACGGAGGACAAGGAAGUCGACGACGUCCCACAUCCCACGUACAACGCCGUCCCUGCUGCCACCUUCAGCCAUCAUGGAUCUGUGCGUGUCUCCUAUCGACAGAUAAUAUUCUCUUCAAAUAUUUCUAAUUCAUGAACGAUAUCUGCUGAGGUUGAACAAAGCUGUGGUGUUUACAGGUGAGAGCUGGGAUAGUGUAAACAUGUCGGUGAAAAGUUAUCGUAUGCGAAUUGAGACGGAGGACCCGUUGUACUAUGGGUGGAAGAAACUAAAAGUGCGGGGGAAGGACUUGGCUAAUAUAUCCGACUCUGUGUUCCAUCUUCUGGAGCUGGAGGUCCUUGACCUGAGUCCGGAGCGAGAGGCGUGUCUGGACUACAAGCUCCCGGCAUGUCCACCCACUAUAGGGAGACUGGUCAACCUGAAGGUCCUGAUGCUGGACACAAACGAACUGAAGGACUUGCCCCCCGAGAUCGCUCUGCUGCAGCAGCUGGAGAGGAUUGCCCUCAGCAACAACCACUUCUCCUCCCUCCCCAGCAACUUCUGCAACCUGAAGAACCUCCAGAGUCUUCACAUGGCCAACAACGACUUCAAGGAAUUCCCGCUGCAGCUGUGUAAACUAGAGAAUCUCGAGUUUUUGGACAUCAGUGACAACCACAUCAGCUCUCUGCCGGAGGAGAUCCGAGACAUGAAGCAGCUGGAAACUCUCCUCCUCUUCAUCAACGACCUCACAAAGCUGCCCGACAUCAUCUGCACGCUCACGCAGCUACGGUGUCUCUGGAUCGGCAACAACAGAAUCCGGCAACUGCCGAGAGACUUUGGUAAGCUGCUGAAACUGGACUGGGGGUUCCGAUACACUUCGUCCGCUCUGGAUGGGAACCCGCUCAUCCACCCUCCCAUCGAGAUAUGCCGAAUGGGCCCCGAUGCUAUAGAUCGGUACAUGUCGUCACUCUCCGGAAGAAAGUCCCGGAAUAACGACACAGACAGGAGCGACGGGGACAGGAUCAACGGCUACUGAUCUCCACAUCUGUAAUCUAUGUAUCCUAUGAAUCAAGCACAGUCAGCGCCACCCGCAACCAACACAGUUCUCACCGUCACGUGUGUCCUUGUUCCAGGGGCAAUAAUCCGUUUACAUCCGGUCCGUCUAUGGAUCGACUGAUGCUUCUAUAGUGACUGUCUGUAUUACCUUUCCAGGAGUAUUCCCAGUGUAUCGCCUUUGAUUGCAGACUUUUGGUGAUGACUUUCGCUACUCUUAAGGACGCUGCGUCAGUAUUAUGUUUGGAACGUCACGGGAGUUAGUUAUUACACAGGCUUGGAGAUGUAUAUAUUUAUCAAGAUCAAGCCUUUCUCGUUUAGUUGUAUAAUCCAGCGUAGAGCGGCAUACUCCGUGCAUUGUCUGACACGACUGAUCAGAUAUCCCAGUGACUACCCACUGUACUCAUCAAAUAAUAAAAAAUCCGUUACAGUA